AUGGAGAAUAUUAUGCCAGAAUCGCUCGAUGAUACAGCUAUGGACUUCAAACUGCUUCUUGGUGAAAUGAAGGCAAUCCGUGCUGAGAUGCGCUUGUUCCGUAAUUCUAUGACAGAUCUUAUGACUGCCAUUAAGAUGCAAAGCAGCCGCAUUGACUCCAUCGAAACCAGAAUAUCAGCCUUAGAAGACAAGUCAAAAGGCUUACAACGCUGUGAAUUUUCGACUAUGGAAGAGACAGUGUCACAGUUGAAGUCACAAAUAUUGGAACGUGACCAAGACUUACUCGCUAAUGAUAUCCAGAUAGCGGCAUUCCUGAAACGAGUGGUGAAAAUACCACACAUAUUAUCUUGA